CAAAAAAACCCGGACGAAAUACCUCAAGAAAAACUUCCCUCGCUUUAGAAUAAUACUCAAUUGUCAAUACUCGACGCAUAUUUAGGAAAUCACACUCCAUAAGAGACCCAGAUCUCAGCUAUCCAAGAGUACAAUUUUUUUUUUGUUUUUUCGGUCUUUCUAACAGGUUGAAAUUCAGAGUCGAAAAGAGUGUGUUGCUCGACCCAUCGCUUAAUUAGUCCGGGUUUUCCUGUCCACCUCGAGAGUAGGUAGUUUUGGGACUGGUUUGAAAUCCUUCUCAAUCGUUCGAUUGGCCAACAGGUUACGACCGCCUCGGUGGAUGUCAGCUCAACAUUGGCACAUCUGCUGGGCCGCAAGAAAAUAUAUAAACAUGGAACUUUGAUUCCCUCGUUAUGUCUGAAGAACUUGUUUUGAUCACUGGCAUUAGCGGUCUUGUUGGCCAUGCCGUUUCACGUGAAGCUCUCAGCUCUGGAUACAAAGUGCGAGCAGUGAUUCGGAAGAAGGAGAACAUCGAAAAAGUCGAGCAAGCCUUCGCUAGCAACCCAGAACUCCUUUCCAAGAUCGACUUUGUAGUCAUUCCAGACUUGACAGUCCCAAAUGCAUUCCACAAUUACAUGAUUGGUGUCGACCACAUCAUUCACGUUGCUUCUGUCGUUCCACAUCCCAGUGAUAACCAUGAACGGGACUACUAUCGUCCACCCAUUGACAUGACUCUCAACAUCCUCAAGGCGGCUCGCGAUAAUCCCAAUGUGAAACGAGUCGUCAUCACGUCCACAAUUGGGGUGUACAUUCCCAUCAUGGAUUACUUAUCUGGAAAUCUUCCGAACGUCUUCCGCUCCGACGACGAAACUUGCCACUACGACAUGAAGACCACUUUUCCCCACGAUCUUCUAGCAUAUGCUGCUAGCAAAGCCAUGCAACUUGACGCCGCACAGGAUUUUCUAGACAAGGAGAAGCCCAAGUUCGAAACUGUAUUCAUCAUGCCAAGCAUGAUUGUCGGCAACGAUCAUGGAGCCACCAAGCCAGAAGACUAUAUUAACAACACGACGAACAAGUGCAUCAUCGGCCUGCUUGUUGAAGGAGGAGCAGAAAAUGCCGCUCUUGGUUCCUCCGUGGGCCUCUCUGAUGUUGCAAAGCUCCACGUAGGCGGUUUGAAGUCAUCGGUGCCUCCAGGUCGAUAUAUCGCUGCUUCCGAGGGAGAAAAAGGCAUGGAGUGGACUGACGCUUUCGCUAUUGUGAAGAAGCAUUUCCCUGAAGAGAGCGAGAAGGUUUUCAAAACACAGGGCGAAGCUGCGCAAAGCGUCAAAAUCAAGCUCGAUGCGUCAAAGACGGAGAAGGCUUAUGGUUUCAAGUUCCAAAGCUAUGAAGAUCAGGUGAAGGAGGUUGUGUCAGCUUACUUGGCUCUUUUGAAAAUGGAUGGGAAGUGAGUGAUUGGAUAAAGGAACG